GUGUUAUAAAAUAACAAAUCACUCUUUGAAUAAUUACAAGAUAAUACAUGCACACACACGGAACGACACAUCGUACGGCGUUAUCUAUCGGACCCUCGGCUUUAAACCUAGUCCUUUAAACUCACUCUCGUGAGACAUGUAUCAGGUUUUUGGAGGCGUGCUGGCGACAAUUUAAGCAGUUAAUGAUUUUUAUGGACCGGUACUAGAUGUGUUAAACGGAUAUAUUGGAACUGAUGCAGUGCCCGAUAUAACAUACUUUAAAAAUCAUGAUCUGAAUGACGAGAAGUACCAGCGGUACGUCAGGGCAAAUUAAAGUGGAUGCAGUGCGUGUUGGAGGAGGAGGCACGUUCAGCUAACGGAAAACAAUCGAGGAGUAAGCCGGACAAAAAAAAAGUUGGAGGGGCACGCCUAACGAACGGGAAAUGGAUGACAUUACGACGAGAAUAAUUGUCAUUUUACUUUAAACCAUAUAACUUUUACGAACACUUAUUUUCAGGAUUGCACCUAUGGCAAUCCAAGGGGGAGGAUAUGAACUCUAAAAAGGGAUAAUUAUACGUUCAUUAACAACCAUGAUUAUAAUGCGCUGGAACAUUCAAGUGGUAUUCAAUUUGGCUAUGGACUCCCCUUGCAGAAAAUAGAACGUAAACAGAUAUAUGUUUAUUGCGAUAUAAGAAGCGAUAUUCGGUGUCUAAUACGACUAAAUAUAAAGAUGUAUUCAAAGAAAGUACCCAAAGUCCUUCGUAUGGCAUUUUUUACUUUUUUGAUACUUGUGAUAACAAUCAAAGGAAGAGAUUUUUUUAAAGACGUUCCGCACGAUAUUUUCGUUCUGAAUAACUCAAGCCAGGACGCGGCUUCUGUUUGUGUCUUGCCUAAACAUGACCCGUUCGACAGCAGUAUUAUGAAAUAUUUUUACGAUGUUAAAAUGCCCUGUAACCGAUUUCCAGAUGUUGUGUCUCUCGACUCCAAGAGUCGGAUACAGACUAACAUAUCUGCUAUAAAGGAGGCCGGAUGGCAGCACCUGACGUGUGAACGUGAGAUUAUACAGAGAUUAAACGAAGAGAACAUAGCAUUUAUAUCACCAAGUCCUGACAAAUUAUCAAUAGCUCUAAGUGACUGCUCUAAGAUAUCCUGCAGGGAUGAGAGCUCAUCGUUGGUAUACCAACAGCUUGUAUUCCAUACAGACAGUGAACGCGUGCUUAAGUCCAAAACAAUCAAGGAUGAGGCCACGGAUAGUCCUAGCGUUCUUAUCUUCGGCAUUGAUUCUGUGUCCCAGCUUACAGCCAAAAGAUUGUUGCCGAAUACAUUGAACUACCUGGAGCGUUCGUUAGGUGCUCAUCUUUUCCAGGGUUAUACAAAAGUAGCUGAAAACACCUUUCCUAAUCUGGUGGCUUUGCUUUCCGGUCAAAAAGAAAACCUUGAGGCGUUGUUUCAUGGUAAAUAUCUAGAUAAUGUGGUGCCAUUCAUUUGGAGGAAUUUCUCUGACAAAGGUUAUGUGACGAUGUAUGCUGAAGAGCAACCAGUGUCGCCUUCCUUCAAUGCGGUAUCUAAAGGGUUCCGAACUCCCCCUACUGACCACUACUUUAGGCCUUGUGCGAUGGCGAUGGAUAAUACAAACACUUUUAUUCAAUCUCCUAAAUAUCAAUAUUCGUCAAAGUUUUACAACAAAAUUUUACUAUCAAAGCAGUUUAUGUUUUGUCAUGGUAAUAAAGCAAAACAUGAAAUUCAUAUUAACUACUUAAAAUCGUUUUUGAAAUCGUAUAAAAAUAAGAGGAAGUUUUCUCUGACAUGGAUCGCUGCACUGGCGCACGAUGACCUGAACUAUCUCCGGUUGGCAGACGAUCAAUUUAGGGAUUUCUUUGAAUGGUCAAAUAAAAACGGACAUUUAAACAACACCAUACUAAUUUUUCUCAGUGACCAUGGCUCCAAUCUUAACGAAAUUCGGAACACAGUCAUUGGACGGGUAGAGGAAAGGAUGCCUAUUUUUGUUAUUGCUCUACCGCCAUCUUUAAAAAAUAAGUAUCCUAAUUUAGAGAAAAUCUUGCGUCAAAAUGCAGAAAGGUUGACGUCACAUUUUGAUACAUAUCAUACCAUAGUGGACAUUCUCCAAGGAACGUUUACGGGGUCAGGUGGAACUAAGUCCGGACAAGUUGGCAGGAGUCUGUUUGGAGCAAUUUCCCCUGACCGGACAUGUGAGGACGCCGGUAUCCGUCGGGAAUACUGUCCAUGCCAUAAAUAUGUUCCGGUCGACGUUCCUCAAGACAAACUCAUAAUAUUUGGUCAGAAAAUUGUCAAAAACAUCAAUGCAAAGUUUAAUACAGAAUAUCCGCAAUGUAAACAAUUGUCAUUACACAAAGUAGAAAAUUCUCAAAAAGUCGAAUCAAAUUUUAUUCCCAUGCAUGAAUCAACACAUUUUACUUGGUACAGUCUUUGGCAUAGUAAAUCAACACAUUUAGCGAGCAAACAAUACCGUAUGUUGAUAAGUACCAUUCCGGGUCUGGCCCAGUUCGAUAGUUCACUUACUGAACACAGUGAUGGAAGUAUCGAGGUCUGGGAUCACAUAAGUCGUGCAAAUAGGUACGGGAACCAGUCACACUGUGUACAGGCGAGCGAGUUGAAACCAUACUGUUUUUGUAGUCGGAAUCCGUCACCCAGCUAGCUUUUCAGUUUUAUAAAACAUUGAACAACGUUUUCAGACCGUUCGGGGAAAAUUAUUACCAUAAAUAUAUUUAAAACUUUACUUUGACGAUGCAAAAAGCAAUGUAAACAUUAUAUUUCACCAUAUGGCCAUUUCAGACUCAUUAACUGAUGUGUAACAAGAACUGAAUGUGACUUGCUCAAUUUGUCAAAUGCCUAUGUUGUAAGUAUGUUGUGUUAAUUUAUAAAGACAUCAUUUCAUUUUUUUCUAUUGUUUACUUUUAUUUAUUUUGAUGUGACAUUGUAAUUAGCGAAACAAAGGAAUAAUACUGACUGAGUAUAUCGCCACCUUCCUAAACAGGAAAAAUCAGAUACAUGUAAUAUGUUUUAUUAGGUAACUGUGAAACAUUUAGUUGUAAUCAUUUUUGAUCAUAUAUAUUUGUUGACGACGAAAAUAUCACAUUAUUUCAUUAUAUUAUUGAGAAAAAGUUAUCUUGUAUCUCAUGAAGAUGGUUACAAAAGGAAUGAUACACUGUAAUGAGGUAAAAUUUCAUUUAAAUUCUAAUUUCACUUUUGUGAAUGUUUGAAUUUCUUCAGAUAUAUUUUUAAUAUCUUCGGUAUGGCAAGGCUUUAAUUACUAACACUUUUCUUUAAUUUCAAAUGUAUGUUUGUAUGCAAAUUUGUUUAUUUAUGUUAUAAUUUUUGUGUAGAUGAA